AUGAACACGACGCUCACCACGUGGCGGCGAACUUGCAGACGCAUCAAGCGGCGCAACAUCACCUCGCAUACCAUCAUGUACCCGCCACGCCGCAUUCACCACCCGAUCCGCACGCGCCUGCUCCGCAUCGUACAGCUCGUCAUCGCGCGCCCACUUGCUGUUAAACUCGUUAAUAUAGCGCUGUGGAAUCGGUUCCUGAUACCUACGUGA